CGUCUCUGUCCUUGUCCCGUCCAUCGCAUUUCUUGGACGGCGGUGAUGUCAGCCUUUGUUUUUACGAGGACAUCAACCAGCUGGGCAGCGGCACCUUCCCAAUUAAGGGACCGGACAUUCCAGGUGCAUGCCCUUAAUUCGUAGUCCUUCUUUCGUUUGCCAUGGUCGUCAUCAAAAGGGGGUCUCUCAUCCGAGGCUGCUGUUGGUUUUUCAUUGGGGUGAGCUUUUUACGUGGCGGGUCCCAAACCCAGCGCACAACCCUUUGCAGGGGUGUUUCGCCUUCUCACUUUAGCUCACCUUCGAACGGAUGUUCUUAGGCUACCCAGAGGAUACUUGGUCAAAGACCGGAAGUCGUGAGCUGCUUGAGUCAUAUGUAAAAGAAUCGUUUCUGGCCACUCCCAAGUGAAUGGGGAUCAGAGAACUUUCCUCACUUGCGUGAACUUCUACACAUGACCCCAUCCUCCAACCUUGCUAUUGUGAAUGAAAAAAAGCGAUGAACUGGCAAUGCCUAUAGUUCAAUAUACAAACUAUGAUAGCUUAUGACAAGCCAACAUAAUAAUGUUGGUUAAUAGCCUUGGCAGACGACAGCGUUAACCCUGAUUAACUGCGCACCUAAUCAAAUCCAAAUUUAUAGGUGACAGACAGCAGCGAUGCGAGUUAGCGAACAGCUGAUUGGCAUAUUAAUAACAUUUUAAAUUUGAUGAAACAAAAAUGGAUAGAAGACAAGCAUUGCGAUUGUUAGCCGCACAGAUGGUGCAAAACCACAAUUUGUUAAACCAAAGAAUAAAAACAUUACUAGUGAACCUGCUUCAAAAGCUUAAAACGAUAAAUGAAUUGACAAAAGUGAUACUGGAAACUAGUACCAAAGUGGCGUCUUCGGAAAUAAAGGAAAGAAGCGCCUGGAAAUUUGACCGCAAUGGCAGUUUUUGGGAGUACGAUGUCAAAAAGAUAGAUGACAUCCGAUUUAAAGAAAACUUUCGUCUAAACAAAGAAGCUUUUCACAAAAUAUGUGAAAAGGUUAAGGAAAUCGGAAAGUCCAACAGCAACACGCGACUUUGCAUUCCACUUCAGAAAAGAGUGGCUAUUGCGUUGUAUGCGUUAGGUUCUUCAGCGGAAUACAGAACUGUAGCAAGUUUAUUUGGCGUAGGACGCACCACAGUUGGGGAAAUAGUUGUGGAUUUUUGCAAAGCUGUGUGCACAAAUUUAUCGGAUUGCAUCAAUUCCUAUCCCCCAAGCACAGAAGAAGUAGAGCGAAAUGUACAAGGUUUUGCACACCUUGGUUUUCCGCAAUGUUUUGGAGCAAUAGAUGGCUGCCACAUUGAGGUUCAGCCGAAAAAGGAAGAUGCGAUCGAUUAUUACAAUUAUAAGGGGUGGUAUUCGGUUGUUCUGCUGGCAAGUUGCGACUAUAGAUCAAAAUUUACAUAUAUACACGUUGGGUAAACUGGAAGAAAUAACGAUUCGUAAAUUGCUCAGAGCAUCAAAAUGAUUGGAGAUGUUAAUGUCGCCGUAAUACUUAUUGGCGAUUCAGCCUUUCGAUUGUCGCGUUACAUGAUGAAGCCUUUUCCAUACUCACCAAAUCAACCAGUGUUAGAAAAAACAUUUAACUAUCGUUUAUCCAAAUGUCGCAGAGUUACAGAGAAUUCGGUCAACUAAAAGCUCGAUUUAGAAAAAUUGGCAGAGGUUUACCAGUAGCUCCAAAAAACGUUAACGUUACUAUACAUGCAUGCUGUAUUUUGCACAAUUUUCUAUAAAUUGAAAAUGAUGAAAUUCCUUCUUCGUGGAUCCAAGAUGCUGCAGAAAUAAGUACAGAAAUUCAACCACAUCACACUACAAGAGCUGGGGAAAAUGAUGUAACAGCAUCGGCUAUUAGAAAUGCAAUAGCUCUGAGUUUUCAAGAAGCUGAUGGUGACGGCAGCGGACAUGACGGUGAUGGUGACGGCAACGAAGGUGGCAGCGGAGAUGAUGGUGAUGGUGACGGCAACGAAGGUGGCAGCGGACAUGACGGUGAUGGUGACGGCAACGAAGGUGAUAAUGGUGGGUCGGAUGGCGACAACAUUUGGGUUAAUGUUGAAUUCUAAAAAAAAUUAACUUUAUAAAUGCAUGCGUUUACAUAAAUAAAAUAAAUUCGUUUUUACCUCGGAA